CAGCUUGGUGGCUUCGCCCAGGAGAGGGCGGGGAGGCGGGGCGGCGCCCCCACCGCGGGCCUGCGGCGCCCUCUGCAGGCCACAGGCAGCGACUCACCAGUAGCGUCAUCUUUCCUCUUCUCUCUCUUGGUGCUUUCCUCAGGCCACAUUUUUUCUGUGUGGGGUAGUGUUCCCUAGUCUCUCAGCCUCCGACUUCCGUCCCUUCCCUCCGUUUUCAGGCCAGGCGUGUUAGUGUCAUCGCGGGAAAACUGCCAAUAAAGUUUUAACUCCUUUCGCGUCCAGGAUCCCCGCCUCCCUUCAAGUACCGCGAGAUCUGAUCUGACGGCGCGGCUACCAUGGCGGCGGCGUUUGAAGGCCCGGCGGCCUUAGCGACAGUGGAUACCACUAUGCCGGCCGAACAUGUGGCCUCGCAGGUCUCGGCACCGCAGCCAACACCCGAGCCUGUGAGGAGCCUGCGGACGGCUCAGGAUAUCCGCAGCCCACGGACCCGCACGGGGGACGUGCUGUUGGCGGAGCCGGCCGACUUCGAGUCACUGCUGCUUUCGCGGCCGGUGCUGGAGGGGCUGCGGGCGGCCGGCUUCGAGAGGCCCUCGCCCGUGCAGCUCAAGGCCAUCCCGCUGGGGCGCUGCGGGCUCGAUUUAAUUGUUCAAGCUAAAUCUGGCACUGGGAAAACCUGUGUGUUCUCCACCAUUGCUUUGGAUUCUCUUGUUCUUGAAAACUUAAGUACCCAGAUUUUGAUCUUGGCCCCUACAAGAGAAAUUGCUGUACAGAUACAUUCUGUUAUUACAGCCAUUGGAAUAAAAAUGGAAGGCUUGGAGUGUCAUGUCUUUAUUGGAGGGACCCCAUUAUCACAAGACAAAACCAGACUUAAAAAGUGUCAUAUUGCUGUUGGAUCUCCUGGCAGAAUUAAGCAACUCAUAGAACUUGACUACUUGAACCCAGGCAGUAUACGCCUCUUUAUUCUUGAUGAAGCAGAUAAGCUUUUAGAAGAAGGAAGCUUCCAGGAGCAAAUAAAUUGGAUUUAUUCUUCCUUGCCUGCCAGUAAACAGAUGCUGGCAGUAUCAGCUACUUACCCUGAAUUUUUAGCUAAUGCUUUGACAAAGUACAUGAGAGAUCCCACUUUUGUAAGACUGAAUGCCAGUGAUCCAAGUCUCAUAGGUUUGAAGCAGUAUUACAAAGUUGUCAAUUCUUACCCUUUGGCACAUAAGGUUUUUGAGGAAAAGACUCAGCAUUUACAGGAACUAUUCAGCAGAAUUCCAUUUAAUCAAGCUUUAGUCUUCUCUAAUUUGCACAGCAGAGCACAACAUUUGGCUGAUAUCCUUUGUUCUAAAGGCUUUCCUGCUGAGUGCAUUUCAGGCAAUAUGAAUCAGAAUCAGCGUCUUGAUGCUAUGGCUAAACUGAAGCAGUUUCAUUGCAGAGUCCUCAUUUCCACAGAUUUGACUUCCCGUGGGAUUGAUGCUGAGAAGGUGAAUCUGGUUGUAAAUCUGGACGUACCAUUGGAUUGGGAGACAUAUAUGCAUCGGAUUGGCAGAGCUGGCCGUUUUGGUACCUUGGGACUGACAGUGACCUAUUGUUGCCGGGGAGAGGAAGAAAAUAUGAUGAUGAGAAUUGCCCAGAAAUGUAAUAUCAACCUUCUCUCUUUACCAGAUCCCAUUCCUUCUGGUCUGAUGGAAGAAUGUUUGGAUUGGGAUGUGGAGGUUAAAGCUGCUGUGCAUACAUAUGGCAUAGCAAGUGUACCUAACCAACCCCUAAAAAAGCAAAUUCAAAAAAUAGAGAGACCCCUUCAAACUCAGAAAUCUCAUGGUAACCACAUGGCUUCCUCUAGAAAUACUUCUGUGUCUGCACUAUCAGUCAAAUCAAAAAAUAAUACCAAACAAAAGCUUCCUGUGAAAAGCCACUCAGAGUGUGGAAUCAUAGAAAAAGCAAUGUUACCAAAAGAACUGGGCUGUGCCAUACAAUCUGAAGAGCAAAUGAAGAAUUCGGUUCAGACCCCCAUUGAAAGCUCCACCAACAGUCAGCACCAGGUCAAAGAAGCUUUACCUGUGUCACUCCCCCAAAUUCCUUGUCUGUCUUCCUUUAAAAUCCAUCAGCCAUACACUUUGACUUUUGGUGAAUUGGUAGAGGAUUAUGAACACUACAUUAAAGAGGGAUUAGAGAAACCUGUGGAAAUCAUCAGGCACUACACAGGUCCUGGGGAUCAGACUGUGAAUCCUCAAAAUGGUUUUGUCAGAAAUAAAGUUACUCAACAGAGAGUCCCCGUAUUGGCAAGUAGUAGCCAAUCUGGAGACUCUGAGAGUGACAGUGAUUCUUACAGUUCAAGAACUUCUUCUCAGAGCAAAGGAAAUAAGUCAUACUUGGAGGGCUCUUCUGAUAAUCAGCUGAAAGACUCUGAAUCUACUCCUGUGGAUGAUCAUAUUUCUUUGGACCAACCUUCAAAUGGAAGUGACACCCCCAAUCCAGAGGAAUAUCAAGAAUCACCUGAAAUCCAGAUCAAAUCAAGACAGAAAGAGGGGGCUAGCCAGAGAGCUAAGCAGAGCCGGAGAAACCUACCCAGGCGGGCUUCUUAUAGAUUGCAGACUGAAGCCCAGGAAGAUGGUUGGUAUGACUGUCAUAGGGAAACACAUCCGAGUUUUUCUGAUAGCUAUCAGGAUUAUGAGGAUUACUGGAAAGCUUACUAUAGGGCAUGGCAAGAAUAUUAUGCUGCCGCUUCUCAGUCAUAUUACUGGAAUGCUCAGAGACAUCCAAGUUGGAUAGCAGCCUAUCAUAUGAAUACCAUUUAUCUACAAGAAAUGAUGCAUAGUAACCAGUGAUUAUAGGAUAUACCUGAGACCAUCAGGAACUGUCAACAAGUGAUACCUUUGGAUAUCCAUCCUCCUCGAUCUCUAGUACAGUGGUAUAUAGUGGCAUUUCUGAUAAACUUGAAGAGAUGUGAGGCUUUCUACUGGGACACAUCUAUUUUUCAAAUUGUUUUGAUUUAGGACAGGUAUAUUAAUUUUAAUUUAAGAGUUUUUUUUUUUUUUUAAACUUCAUCAGAUUCUUGAAAGUUAAAUUUUGGGACAUAGAGCUGAACGUUUCAGGGUGCCAUUUUCUAUAAGAUCUUCCCAAAAGAAACAUUUAAAAACAUGACAUAUAUACCACUGGUUACUUAAAAACAAUAAAAACAAUAGAUUUGAGAAGUAAUGGUAGUUCGCUGUGGAGUUCUUUACAAAGGGCUUGGGCUGCAUUUCCUUCUAUAGAGGUGCCUUGUAGAAAUUUGUAGCAUGGUAGAUCAGAAAAUCCUCUUGUUUUAGGUUUAGGCAGGAGGGAAUAAACAUUGCUUUACAUUUUCCUAAAGGUAUUUGAUUUGAUCUGUUUGCUUCCAGUAAAAAUAAUUGUUUUUAGUAAAAACAAAUUCAGUUAAACAUGUUUACAUGUUUAUUGUUUAUCUUUUGAAUGUCUUUUCUUGUGAAAGCUGUCCACAUUUUUACUGUGAAUGUAAAUAGCUGAGGGUCAUCAGUGGCUGUCUUAUUUAUGUUGCUCAGAUAGAGGGGCAGCUCUUAAUCUUUUGGUUCUUAGAUCCUUUUAUCAAUUAGCUGAAAGCAAUAGAUUGACCCCAGGUUAUUUCUCAUUCCAUAAAUACAGAAUUGUGAAUGUAAUUUCAAGGGGUUCCUAGACCCUCUGAAGUUCAUCUGUACAGUCCAGGUUAACAAGUGACCUGCUCUGCUGGUAGGCUCUGAGUUUUAAGUAUUUAUUGGAAGCUGGAAUUGAUUGUCUUCAGAUAGUUCUCAGUGCAUCCUAAUCUUGUGUCUUCUAGAAAAUUCUCCCCAGUUUUUACUGCUAGAAUCCAAGAGGAGCUAUUGUUUUUCUCAGCUGAUGUGUCUGUAAAUUAUGAUUUAGAAAAAUAUAAUUGGAAAUUACAUAUUCUUUCCUUUUUUUCCUUUGGAAGUCCUUUCAUGAUUAAGCUUUUGGUUCCCAAACCUUUUUGUGAACUGGAUUUUUGGUGAGAGAACUGCUUAUGUAUAGAGAUGUGUAUUCACUUUUUAAAAGGAAAGCUCUUCUUUCUUGUGUACGUACUUGUCUAAGUAGUAUAAAACACUUUCCCCAGGGCUGUUGGCAAACACCCACAGCAAUUGUCAUUUAUUGUCCAGCACUUAGAUAACACAAUUCUAAAUUCCUAUUUAACUUGGAUUCCUGUCAUUUGGAUUGGGCAGUGUUAGGCUUUUCUUACAUCUGUCAGUAUUUUACAUUAAUUAAUAAUGUAGAUAGCAAAUCCAUAAUUAGGUCCAGUAUGUCAUUAAGUAGAGAUUUUAAUUACACAUUUAAAUAAGACCCUGUCAUUGAUACAUAAUUGAAUUUACUUUUUCUAUCCUUUCCCCUACAAUAUAGCCAAUUUCAGUUUGUCAUUGCUAGGGGAUUUUAAUUAGGGUACUACUGCAUCUUAAUUAGAGAUGAGGUUACCUACCCAUUAGUCUUCAAAUUAAUUGGAUUCUCUCUUUUGUGUUUGCGUUUUUUUUUCCCCCACUGAAAAAUAAGCUGGAGGUGAGCAUAUGUAUAACAUACAAAAAUACUAAUUGUUUCAAUUUCCACAAGCAUUUACCAGGAAUAUGGCAGCUGCCAAAUUCUUAAAUAACAGAGGUAGCUAUAGUGGUGGAUGUGAAAGAAUCUUCCCCAGGCUACUAUUUGUUUGUGACUUAUCUUAGUGUGGGAAAGAUUAUUUUUUUUUAAUUGUCAAUCUAGGUGCACCUUUCCAUAAUCUGUCAGGAACCAUUGAAAAGGGUACUUGUCCUGGUUGAGACUGCUACUACCUACUUUUUAACCUUGUACCAGUCACUUAACCUCUCAUGGUCCAGUUUUCUCAUCAAUAAAAUGAAAGUUGGACUAGGAGAUUUUUAGGAUCCCUUCUAGUUCUAAGAUUUAAUCAUUUUAUGACUUAUGCCGAAGAAAAGAUAGUUUCUAGUUAAGGAAAAGGAUAAUCAAAUUUAUAAAUACAGAAAGCCUUUAUAAAUUCAAGUAAUGUGGAUGAAGGCUACUGUGAAUUGGUUAAAUGUCUGAAUUUGUGAAUACUUUUAAAUCAAUACACUUACUGCAACUAUUCAUGUUAAGUUGUAACUUGAAUUAGGCUGGUAAUAUUAACAUGUAGAGAGAUCUUAGAAACCUGCUACUUUGAAUAAUUCUGACUUAGAAUAUCAAUUAUUUUGGGUGAUUAAAAGUAAUAUUUUCUCAAGUAGCUUAGGUAUUACAGUAAUAUUUGUUAACCUUUUUAAAAUGUGGUUUAAAGGCAAACUUCGGCCCCAGAAUACUAAAAAUAAUUGAACAUAAAUUAUAGUACUUGUGGAUCACUCUGAGACAAGGGAGUACUUUGAAGUUUUAGGUUCUCUUUUCCCUAUUCCCUUAAAAUCUAUGUUAGACUUUUAAAAGUAUGUAUUUUUGAUAACCAUUGCUGACAGUAGAACUCCAUCACAAGGUUAUUCACUUGUUUUGGCAGAAUAUGUUUAUUUUUUUGUACCCCUGUGCACAAGCACAUUCACUUGACAUUUAGUGUGUGUUAAUGAAAAAGAACUCGAACUGCUCAAUGCCCAUCUGGUUUCCAGUUACAGCAUUUUCUACCCAACAAUUAUUUGGGCUGUGGGUCUGCAGUGACACCUAGUGGGGGAUAAGGAUGUGAGCAUCAAUAAUUAAAAUGAAUUUCACAGCUAACUCCUGGGGCCUUUGGGCAUCAUGUAUUUGUUUUAAUGCUCUAUUUCUAUUACUGUUUUCAUCAGGAUCUGGUUGUUGUGGGGAAAUUAAAAGGAUUCUCCUCAUUGCCACAUGGUGGAACAGACUACCGGUUGGUCUCAUCACCUAAGUCAGAAUUGUCAAGGUUGGAACAGAUUUUCAAGAUAACUAAUCCAAUCCCCAUUUUUUAUUUUUUGGUUUUUUGGAGAUGAGAGUCUUACUGUGUUCUUCAGGCUGGACUAGAACUCUUGGGCUCAAGGGAUCCUCCUGCGUUAGCCUGCCAAGUAACUGGAACCACAAUUACAUGCCAUUACAAUUCUCCAUUUUUAAAAAGAGGAAACUAAUGAAGCCAGGAGGGAGUUACUGAUGUGAAGUCACAAUUAAGUGCUAAAACCUAAACUUGAAUUCUGCCAUCUCAUUGCCAAGCUUUCUAUAAUAUCCCAUACAGCAUUUAAUUUUGAGUUUUCUUUUUAGUUUGAGAACUUGGUACUCAGUAGAACCAGUAUUGAUACAGAGUCAGAUUUUCUUUCAGUAAUAUGGGAUCAGUCUUCAAAAUAGAGCAGUUGAUAAAUAAAACCAAAUGCUUUACCUGUUAGACAGUGAACAUCCAUAAACAGCAUACAAGCAGGCAGGAACCAUCAGGGAUAUCAUAGAGGAAUUGUUUACGUUUACAUUGAGGGAUGGGAUGGGAAGAUUACAAUAGGCCUUUAAUAACCCUUCUAAGAGUCUAAAUUUUCUUUAGCAAGGUAGAAAGCCAAUCUUUGUUCAAAUUAUUUUCUAGUAUAUACCAGCACCUUUGGGAGGAAAGGAGAUUCAGUAUUCAAAGAAACAGUCAUUUUAGGGUUUGUGGCACAUAGUUUGUUUAAUCCAUAUUGGAUACAUCAGGUACAGCAGUACUGACUCAAUACUGUAAAUGAUAUACAUGUUUUAACAUAUGCACUACAGUUUCAAAAGAAGACAACAGGAAACUCAAGAGUUUUUUUUUUUUUUCAUAGAAAGUUUUCAUGUUUUAUCUUCCUGCAGUUUUGUACAGUAUAUUUCUUCUUUGCCAUUGUGAUGUUGAUAAGCAAAGCCCAUUUAUUAUAUGAAAAUAGAAAAGAACACACUUGAUGUGUCUCACGAUGACAUUAAUGGGGGGAGGGUGUGACCUCUAAGGAAAACAUUACACUGGAAUGUCUGAUUAUCAAAAAUAUACCAUCCCUCCCACCUCCCAGGUUUGUAAAAUAGUCCAUUGGUCCAAGGAGCCCCCCAGGACUUGGGUCAGUGCCCUACACUGGUUAGAGUGACAUCAUCCAGUGUAGUUGUGUAACCUGCUAAGAUAAAUGUCAUUCCCACACU